AUGAACCACACUUGGACAUACAACCUGAGCUUUGGUGAACCUACAGAUCCUGUUGAGCCAAGGGUUGGACUUUCACGAAAUGGGCACACAGUAGUGGCUGUUUUUCUUGGACUUAUCUUGUUUUUUGGUUUCUUGAAUAACUUGAUUGUCCUCAUCCUCUUCUGCAAGUUUAAAACCCUCCGUAACCCAGUCAACAUGCUCCUCCUGAACAUCAGUAUCAGCGACAUGUUAGUGUGCAUCUCGGGCACCACCCUCAGUUUUGCAUCUAACAUCCAUGGCAAAUGGAUUGGAGGGGAACAUGGUUGCAGGUGGUAUGGCUUUGUCAAUUCCUGCUUUGGCAUUGUGUCCCUGAUCUCCCUGGCUGUCCUGUCCUAUGAACGCUACAGCACAAUCACCCUGUGCAACAAACGCAGCGCUGACUACCGCAAGGCAUUGUUGGCUGUCGGUGGUUCAUGGAUUUAUUCCCUGAUCUGGACCGUGCCACCUCUGGUUGGUUGGAGCAGUUACGGGGUAGAAGGUGCGGGUACGAGCUGUUCAGUACGCUGGUCUUCGGAGUCAGCUGAGUCCACAUCCUACAUCAUCUGUCUCUUCAUAUUCUGCUUGGUCAUCCCUGUGAUGGUCAUGAUGUACUGCUACGGUCGCCUCCUUUACGCUGUUAAACAGGUCAGUUUUAAAAGUUUCCUUAAACACUCCUACCACCACUACUACAACUGCUACUACACCAAGACUCCUCUGACUGUUUUAAGAGUUAUAUUAAAAGCAGUAGUAGAUCUCACUGAUUUGCCCGAUAUGUCUAAAGCAGUUGUGGCAAACAUGCUGAUGGAACGAAGUAUCAUAGAAAAG